AUGGGGCUCCUAAUGUCCCUCCCGCUCGCAGGCGGGCUCACUUCUAUCGCCACCUCAUGCUUUGCUGGACUGGCAUUCUGCUUCACAUCUCAUGCCGCAUCCUUGUUCUUCAAGUCCUGCAACUGUAAUUCGUCCAUUGCGACCCGUGUUGGAUUUGCUAUUAUCUUCUGCCUCAACUCGAUUCUAGCAUGGAUCAUGAAGACCGAUGCUGCAAUCAAGCUCAUAGAGAAAUGGAGUUUCGAUUACAUAAAGAUGGAAUGUGCAGGAGAGAAGUGCUAUGGGGUGCUGGCAGUUCAUCGAAUUUGUUUCGCCCUUGCCCUUUACCAUCUUCUCCUCAGUGCGACUCUGGUUGGUGUUCAGGAUACAAGAAACAAGCGUGCCGCCCUACAGAAUGGCUGGUGGGGUCCGAAAGUACUUGUUUGGCUUAUCCUCGUCGGGGUCUCCUUCACGAUUCCCAAUGGCUUCUUCAUGUUCUGGGGCAACUACGUCGCCCUCAUCGGCGCCACGAUAUUCAUACUUCUCGGUCUGGUCCUCCUCGUCGACUUCGCUCAUUCUUGGUCCGAGAUGUGCCUUGAGAAAUGGGAGAACUCCUCGUCCAAUCUUUGGCAAUGGGUACUCAUUGGAUCAACUCUCUCCAUGUACGCCUUCACGAUUACCCUCACGGGCCUGCUGUACGCGUACUUCGCCGGAUCCGGAUGUACUCUCAACCAAUUCUUCAUAUCCUUCAAUCUCGCUCUCUGCGUUGUCAUUACCAUCAUGAGCGUUCAUCCAAUUAUUCAAGAACACAAUCCUCGAUCUGGACUCGCUCAAGCUGCGAUGGUGGCCGCCUACUGCACAUACCUAAUCGUCUCUGCUCUUAGCAACCAUGUACACGAAACCAAGCAGUGCAACCCUCUUCGUGAUGGCAAGAAGACUCGCAAAGCAGUACUCGUUUUGGGUGGUAUCUUCACCUUCUUGGCCAUCGCGUACUCCACAACCCGAGCAGCCACCCAAAGCAAGGCAUUGGUCGGCAAUGGCAAGAAAGGCCGUAUUCACCUUCCUGAAGAUGACCCUUCCCACUCGGAGAUGGGUGUCGUCACAACUCAACCCGGGCGAACAGAAUCACCUCGCUAUCAAGCCUUGCUCGCCGCUGUUGAAGCUGGAGCCAUUCCGGCUUCGGCUUUGCAGGAAGAGGAGGAGGAAGAAGAAGACGAGGUUGUCGGGGAGGCCCGAGAUGACGAACUUACAGGAACACGAUAUAACUAUUCUUGGUUCCACAUCAUUUUCUCGAUUGCGGCGAUGUAUGUGGCAAUGCUCCUGACUGAUUGGAACGUCGUCUCGAAACAGCCCAUUUCCGGCCCUGUGGACCCAGACUAUGACGUCUACAUCGGUCGCUCGGAGGUGGCGAUGUGGAUGCGCGUCGUCUCGGGCUGGGUGUGUAUGGUGCUAUACAUCUGGAGCUUGCUUGCUCCUGUAAUUCUACCAGACAGACAACGGCAUAUGGCUGAUGCUGUCUCCCAAGAUCCUGAAGCGUACAAGUCACUAUAUGUCAACAACUACCUGGCGGCCGCAGCCUUCACGAUCCUGUACUAUGACUACUUCCUCACCUUCAAUUCUGAGUACAAUCGCUUCUGGCGCACAAAGGGGUUGACAUGGGCGUCCUCGCUCUUUUAUCUCAACCGUUAUCUGUCGCUCUUUGGCCAUGUCCCCGUGAUAGUGCAGUAUUUCUGGUCGUCGACGGAUCCCGAUCGACUCAGCGUGUGUAACCCACUGGUGUCUUUCCAUCAAUAUCUGGCCGUCAUAGUCCAGGUCAUUGUCGGAAUCAUGCUGAUCUUGAGAACGUAUGCCCUGUACAACCGCAAGCGGAUUGUGCUCGCUAUCCUCUGUAUUUCUGGGCUGACCGUUAUUAUUUAUGGUGUUUGGUGUGUCCUGAGUGGCGGAAGUCGGGAGCUCACAGUAGCUGACCUCGCAGUUCCUGGCUGCUUGCUACCUAUGGAUGAAGCCACGUCUUCUCGCCUUGCAUCGGCAUGGACUGGAAUGCUUGCCUUCGAUGUUUUGAUUUUUUUUAUGACUCUCUACAUCUCCCUAACACGCAAACGCGAGGAUGGAGACAGCACUAUCAUACACGUUAUGCUACGAGAUGGCACUAUUUAUUUUGGCGUGAUGAUGGUCGCAUGUGUCUCGGUAAUUUUAACAUUUCAUCAUUCAUUAUUUACCACAUGGGAACAAGGCAUGACGACGACAGUAGCCAACGUGUUAUCCUCUACGAUGGUUUCCAGGCUUAUGCUAAACCUACGUGAUCCAAAACUGAGCGCCUACCGUCUACAACGCUCAGAAUCCACAACGGGAGUGUCCCAGCCAGUCCUUACAACUGUCAUCGACACUACGUUUACCGACAAUUAUGCUACUCCUGAGGAUUACAACAAUAUUCAGCUAGUUUCAAGGCAUCAUGAUCCACGGGACAGUGUUUAA